GUCUGGCCUCACCCCGAGGACGACGAUGACUUAGCCCCCCUGAGCUGCCACCUGCCCUUUGGGACCCGCCCACGGCCAGCCAGCAGGAUGCGGCUGUGGAAGGCAGUGGUGGUGACCCUGGCCUUCAUGAGCGUGGACAUCGGUGUGACCACGGCCAUCUAUGUCUUCAGCCACCUGGACCGCAGCUUGCUGGAGGACAUCCGCCACUUCAACGUCUUCGACUCGGUGCUGGACCUCUGGGCGGCCUGCCUCUACCGCAGCUGCCUGCUCCUGGGGGCCACCAUCGGCGUGGCCAAGAACAGCGCCCUGGGCCCGCGGCGGCUGCGGGCCUCGUGGGUGGUCAUCACCCUCGUGUGCCUGGUCGUGGGCAUCUACGCCGUGGUGAAGCUGCUGCUGUUCUCCGAGGUGCGCAGGCCCAUCCGGGACCCGUGGUUCUGGGCCCUCUUCGUGUGGACGUACGUGUCGCUCGCCGCCUCCUUCCUGCUCUGGUGGCUGCUGGCCGCCGUGCGGCCGGGCGCAGAGGCCCUGGAGCCGGGGACCCGCGCCGAGGCCGAGGGCUUCCACGGCGGAGCCCAGUCCCCGCCCGAGCAGGCGUCUGGGGCCACGUUGAAGAAGCUGCUCUCCUACACCAAGCCCGACGUGGCCUUCCUCGUGGCCGCCUCCUUCUUCCUCAUCGUGGCAGCUCUGGGAGAGACCUUCCUGCCCUACUACACGGGCCGCGCCAUCGACGGCAUCGUCAUCCAGAAGAGCAUGGAUCAGUUCAGCACGGCCGUCAUCAUCGUGUGCCUGCUGGCCAUCGGCAGCUCAUUUGCCGCAGGUAUUCGGGGCGGCAUUUUUACCCUCAUAUUUGCCAGACUGAACAUUCGCCUCCGAAACUGUCUCUUCCGCUCACUGGUGUCUCAGGAGACGAGCUUCUUUGAUGAGAAUCGCACAGGGGACCUCAUCUCGCGCCUCACCUCGGACACCACCAUGGUGAGCGACCUGGUCUCCCAGAACAUCAACAUCUUCCUGCGGAACACGGUCAAGGUCACGGGCGUGGUGGUCUUCAUGUUCAGCCUCUCGUGGCAGCUGUCCUUGGUCACCUUCAUGGGCUUCCCCAUCAUCAUGAUGGCGUCCAACAUCUACGGCAAGUACUACAAGAGACUGUCCAAGGAGGUCCAGAAUGCCCUGGCCAGGGCCAGCAACACGGCGGAGGAGACCAUCAGUGCCAUGAAGACCGUGCGCAGCUUCGCCAACGAGGAGGCGGAGGCCGAGGUGUACCUGCAGAAGCUGCAGCAGGUGUACAAGCUGAACAGGAAGGAGGCGGCGGCCUACAUGUACUACGUCUGGGGCAGCGGGCUCACGCUGCUGGUGGUCCAGGUCAGCAUCCUCUACUACGGGGGCCACCUGGUCAUCUCGGGGCAGAUGACCAGUGGCAACCUCAUCGCCUUCAUCAUCUACGAGUUCGUCCUGGGGGACUGUAUGGAGUCCGUGGGCUCCGUCUACAGCGGCCUUAUGCAGGGCGUGGGGGCCGCCGAGAAGGUGUUCGAGUUCAUCGACCGGAAGCCGACCAUGGUGCACGACGGCACCCUGGCCCCCGACCACCUGGAGGGCCGGGUGGACUUUGAGAACGUGACCUUCACCUACCGCACUCGGCCCCACACCCAAGUCUUGCAGAAUGUCUCCUUCAGCCUGUCCCCAGGCAAGGUGACAGCCCUGGUGGGGCCCUCAGGCAGUGGGAAGAGCUCCUGCGUCAACAUCUUGGAGAACUUCUACCCCCUGGAGGGGGGCCGCGUGUUGCUGGACGGCAAACCCAUCAGCGCCUACGACCACAAGUACUUGCACCGAGUGAUCUCCCUGGUGAGCCAGGAGCCCGUGCUGUUCGCACGCUCCAUCACAGACAACAUCGCCUACGGGCUGCCCGCCGUGCCCUUCGAGCUGGUGGUGGAGGCUGCGCAGAAGGCCAACGCUCACGGCUUCAUCAUGGAGCUGCAGGACGGCUACAGCACAGAGACGGGGGAGAAGGGCGCCCAGCUGUCGGGCGGCCAGAAGCAGCGGGUGGCCAUGGCCAGGGCUUUGGUGCGGAACCCACCGGUCCUCAUCCUGGACGAAGCCACCAGCGCUCUGGAUGCAGAGAGCGAGUACCUGAUCCAGCAGGCCAUCCACGGCAACCUGCAGAAGCACACGGUGCUCAUCAUCGCUCACCGGCUGAGCACCGUGGAGCGGGCGCACCUCAUCGUGGUGCUGGACAAGGGCCGCGUGGUGCAGCAGGGCACGCACCAGCAGCUGCUGGCCCAGGGCGGCCUCUACGCCAAGCUGGUGCAGCGGCAGAUGCUGGGGCUCGAGCCCACCUCAGACCACACGGCCGGCAACAAGGAACCGCCAGGCAAUGGCAGUGACAAGGCCUGACCGACAGCUCCUGCCUCCCCGGUGGGGCAGAGGCCCUGGUGCCCAGCUGGCAGAUGUGCCCGUGGGAGCCCCCAGCUGCCCUCUGAGCCCAGGCCCACAGCACUGGAGGGUGACCUGCCACGUCCCACGGGAUCACCGCUUCCUGCAUCUCGUCCCCGGUCCCUGCCCUGUGCCCGGGGCCCCACCAGCCCCAGGGGACCACGGGCCCCCCACCGACCUCCCCAGGCUCCUACGCAAAGGUAGAGCUGUAUUUUUAAACCUAGAUCUGACCAGGUUUUUUACUGCUUGGUUUGAGGCACCCCAGUCAACUCCUAGAUUUCAAAAUCACUUUUCUAAUUGGGAGAAAUGGUGGGCACGUUCACCCAAAUGUUCUCGAAACUUCUGAGCCAGGAGCGAAUGGCCCUUCCUAAAACCUGGGGAAGAGAACUAGGCCUCUACCCUUCGCCCCUCCAGAGAAGGGGCUUCCCUGUCCCGGAAGGAGACACGGGGGACGGUUCUUCCCAUCUGGCCCUCGUCCCAGCUCCGGGAGUCAGGCCGAGGCGGAGCGGGGAGGGGAAGGCGCCGGUGCCGCGCCCCACUGUCCUGCCCCUCUAAGCCAGUCUCACUGUGAACCACCGCGCACCUCAACCGGGGGAGCGAGGGGCUGGCCAGGCCUGGUGGGGCCUCGGGGUGCCCCCAGCCCCGCACCCAGCGCUUUAGCCCUUGGCCCUGCCUGUCCCCGCCCACUGGCUGGCAGCCCCUCUCCCCCCCACACCCACCCCUGCCGCGCUGCUGUUUGGGGGCCCCUUUGGACGUUUGCGAGAUGCACUCUCUUCUCUGUUUGGUGGGACAGUGACAAAGCCCAGGGUCUGGCACUGCCAGCGGUUGUGAAAUGUUGGGAGAACAUGAUCAUUAAAGUGUACUACCUCUGACCCCU